AUGGUAGACGGACACUGAAUAUUUUAAACAUUAGCAACUAUAGUUUUGUAUCGUUGUAUUCGAAAAGUUGUCAACAUAUGCCUAAAAUGGAUAAUGAAAAACUGGUUCAAGAGAAAAACGAUGCAAAUACCGUUGAAAAUAUACCAAUCAUCGUGUAUAUGUCAAUUGUUUGUUCUGCUGGCAUCAUCGGAAAUUUCGUCGCCUUGCUAUUCUACUUUUCAAGGAAAGAUAAAUCAACUGCAACUUUAGUGCUUACUGCACUGUCUGGAAACGAUUGGAUUUGCUCUAUAGUACUGCUUUCAUCUACUGCUGGGCUCGUUCAUUCGAUGACGUACACACAUGUGGCGGCGUGCAAACUUCAAGGCUUCCUGAACCACAUCUUUGUUAAGAAUUCCACGUUGUUACUAUUCAUCUUAGCCUUAGAUCGGUACUUUAGUAUCUGCAAGAUAUCCAAAUGGAAAUCACUAUUUGCAGAAAGGAAAACAGUGGUGUGUAAAAUCAUUUGCACCACAGGACUCUCAAUCCUGUUUUCAAUACGAGAACUUGUCUUUUUCGAAGUUGGACCGAUAGACUUUACUAUAGCUGAUAACAUUACCGUGAUAGGAAACCGCUGUAUGAUUACCAGAGAAAAACGACUCGCAAAAAUUUCCACCGCUUUUGAGAUUAUUGACUUCAUAUUGAUCCUCGUUAUAAUGAUAGUAAUGCUAACUCUAUACACACUAAUCAUACGCAAAGUUUCUUCUGUUGGCAAACGCCGUCGUUUAACGCCCAAUAAUGUUGCUAUGGACGAUUGCCAAUCGACUCAAGUUUCGGAAAUUUCCUCAACUACCGAAAAACAAAUUCCAAAUGAAACGAACGUUGUUGAAAGAAAUACACCUAAAACGAUCUGCCCGAACACUUACGUGACAACCACAGAUCACUGGAGCUCGACAAUUAAACGACGGCUGACUCAGAUGGCAUUUGUUCUUACGUUGGCAUCCGUCUUGAGUUUUGUCCCUUACUUCGUCGUGUCAAUAAUAGCGAAACUGCAUAAAGUGCUGCCCAUUUGGGCUAGAAUUGUAUACAGAUCUUAUGCUUUGAAUUCCACUAUGAACCCUUAUCUGAUAGGAUACUACAACUCGGAAUUUCGGGAGUUCAUUAAAAAUAUAAUUACUUGUCGUUUCUUGCAGCGUUUAAGAAGUAACUAAAUAUUUAAAAUACUGUGAACUCUACAUCUCCUCAUUUAAAAUACUGUAUUGUAUAACUGUACAUGUUGAUCGAUGCCGUUGUUAAUGACGUUUAAAUACACUUUGUAAUAAAGUAAAUUAUAAUGCGAAUUGCGAUCUAAAAUACGCUUGUAAAAUAUCAGCACAACGGAAAACGCUUUAAACUUUUCCUUAUGUUAAACUUUUUCAAAAUACAUCCUGCUUCCAAUGUUUCUUAACUCAAACAUUUAUAUUGCAUUACGAUCGUUGAAUCAUAAACUGAUAUUGUACGCAACGUUGACGCAAAUGGUAAAAGCGGAUAAAUAAUUCAUUUAUUAAUUCUGUAAUGAAACACGAUAUUUUUUUGAAAAAUGUCCUAUGUUGUUAAAAUGUGACUGCUACUAGUAUUCGUUUAAAUUUCUAGAGUGUUUCUCUUAUCAACCUGAAGACAUGUAUCAUGCAGUAGUGUUUUGUUUUAUUGUAUGGGAUUAAGGGUUGACUAUAUUUUAUUGAUCUAGACUUUAAACAAAUAUUGCAAAUGCAAUUUUCAAAUAUGAUUCAUUAGAAGUAGCGAGGAAUUUCAACGGACAUAAAAGUUGGAUUAAAUUGCCUGUAGGCUGUACUAUUGCAUGUUUUUUUUAAUUAUUUAAUGUAAUGUAUAAUUUCCGCGAAAGUAAUUAAGUCGCAUAUAUGCCUCUAGAUCAGCUAUAUAUUUUUUCGCAUAGAUGGUCGACGUUAGGGUUUGAUUCAUAUUAAUUUACUAGUGUAUAUAGAUGGGUAUAUUACUUUAAGACCUUACAGAUUGCUCUUUAAAGAAAAUAUUAAUUAAGGAACCAUAUCCCUAUAUAUCAACUUUAGUUUCGUUUUUCGUAUGGGUGGUCAACAAAUGGAUAAUACUAAUAAUAAAACCAUACUUCACUACAAUUAAGUGUAACAUAUUUGGAAGUAUUAUUUUAUAUCAAACAGCUUUAACAUUAUCAGCAUUUUUCAAGCCUGUAUUUCUAAAAUUAUUUAAUAUUAAUAAUAAUCACACG